GACAUCACUUCGAUCCUUGGCGAGCCAAGGCCAAGACCAAAAUUUCCCCCAAAACAUAAACAAAGCAGCAUGCCGCUCGUCCUCCUCUCUGGUUUCCCUUCGAGCGGCAAGACCAGGAGGGCGAGGGAGAUCAAGGAGCACCUGGAGACCGAGAAGGGGAAAAAAGUGACCAUCGUGAGCGAGAACGAGGCCGUAGGAGAGGACAAGAAUGGUGUGUUCAGCAACUCACAGAAGGAGAAGGAGGUGCGGGGGAGGCUGAAGGCGGAGGUGCUGAGGCGACUGAGCAAGGAGGAUGUGGUCAUACUGGACGCUCUCAAUUACAUCAAGGGGUUCAGAUACGAACUCUACUGUGCCACCAAGCAGUACAAGACAACCCAGUGCCUUGUGCAGUGCCCGGCGCCCAUUGAGGAGGCCUGGGGCUGGAACCAAGGCCGCCCGGAAGAGGAACAGUACACAAGGGAGGUAUUUGACGGCUUGGUGGCACGCUACGAGGCGCCCAACAGCUCCAACAGAUGGGACUCCCCGAUGAUCACCGUGCUGCCCCAAGACGCCCCGCCCCACGAGGACAUCUUCGCCGCCCUCUUCCUGACCCGCCCGCCCCCGCCAAACCAGUCCACCCAGACCCAGCCGCUCUCAUCCACCAACUUCCUCUUCGAGCUUGACCAAUCCACACAGGAGGUGACGAGCUGUGUGAUGGCGGCGCAGAAGACAGCCACGCCGGGGGAGGCCAUCAAGGUGCCAGGCGUGGAGGAGGCACUCUGUCUGGGCCGCACGGUUAGUCUCGCCGAGCUGGCCCGGGCGCGGAGGCAGUUCAUCACCUAUACCAAGAUGCACCCCGUGGAGGACCGCAAGAAACUUAUGCUGCUCUUUGUACAGUAUCUUAACACGACUCUGGGCUAGCCAACACACACACACACACACACACACACACACACACACACACACACCUUAUUCUGCCCUGCCUCUCCUGCCCUUCCCUACCCUUCCCUAUCUAGCCUUACUGAAGAAUACUAGAAACUUAUGCUGGUCUUUGUACAGUAUCUUAACACGACUCUGGGCUAGCCGACACACACACACACACACACACACACACACACACACACACACACACACACAC